UACAUUGAAUGCAGAAUGUUUUAAAUGUGAUCCUCGUGUCUAUCAGUCACUGACAAAGGUAAAUAUUUAAGACUACAUGCAUUUAAAACAAAGAGGUAGACUGAUUUAGUGAUAAGUAUGUAUUUAACAGUCAUACAGAUAACUGCACUAUGAUACUGUAUGUUCUGUGUGAGUAGUAUUAUUUACAUUCUAAAACCUGAACUAUUCGUAUACAAGAAAUAUUGGAUGUCCCCAAAAAAAUGAACCACUGAAUUUGGUUCAUCAUUGUCCGAGAUAAUUCUUGUCAAAAGGUAUCUCAUUUUUUGGGACACCCGAUAAAUACUUGGUAAAUACAUAUAAAUCAUAUUUCUCUCGUUUCAAAGGAACCUAGCAAUAUGAAAGCAUCUGCAGCUUCAUAACGAAUAAAUUGCAUAGGAAGGCAUCAUGGAAACUUAAUCACAUUUAAUUAACAUUACAGACAUAAUGAUACGUAUAUUCAGUAGGAAACCACCCAUUAAAAUCAAACAGGAUGAACUUGAGAUACGCCUGUUUGACCCAAAGAAGGACAACUGGAAAGAAGUUAGAAAUAUGGCCUUUACUGCAUAUGAAGUGACAAUUCCAAAAGCUAUGAGAGAUGCGUUAUUUCAUCCAAUACUAAGCUGUGUAUUAGCGUUAUUAGCUGGGAUUUUAUACCAAGUGAAUGGCUCCUUAUGGAACUCCCUCAUUUUCCUGAUCGUGAUAUAUCCUACAUUGUAUAUUUUCUUAGUCUGGACGAUUCCCCCAUUGGAGAUGUCCAAACAUGCAGAUUACAACAAGUUUGUAGAAUAUUGGACUGAUCCUGCCCAUGCUUUAUGGCUGCUCUUCCACAAGAGGAGACUAAUAGGUAGUGUUGGACUUAAAGAACUAGAUGUGGACACAAGAGGAGAACUUGUUCGUUUGGCAAUAAGACAUGAAUACAGGCGUAAUGGACUAGCUGAAAAGCUGGUUUAUACUGUUAUAGAGCAUUGUGAAAAACACAAAUAUGAAGAGUUGAUACUUAAAACAAAUGUAUACGCAACAGAGGCAAUAAAACUUUAUGAAAAGGUUGGAUUUAGACAAUAUACAAAAUAUACAGUUUAUAAUGUCAUACCUAUACUGAGUCGUCAAAUUAUUUGUUACACCAUGAAAAUCCCAAGGAUAUAAAGCAAAAUACAAUUUGGGGACUGACCACUGCAAAAAUCAUUGUAAGACAGCUCACUUUGAUAUUGUGUGUUAAUAGUUAAGGAGUGAAUCAAUGUAAAGGGUGACACAAAAAUCAAAAAUCUGUGUAUGUAUAUAUGGACCUCAUAUACACAAUAUUGUUAGGUGCAGAGUGACAUCACGUCAAGUGAAACAAGUGAAUUAUGAUAUAAGCCAAAUACAUGUUACAUUAUAAUAGUGAAUUAAUAUACUGGGGGACACAAAAAUGUAACCCUGAAAUUUUGGAAUAUCGUUUUGAUUUGUGAUAGUUAAUUAAUAUACAGGGUGAUACAAAAUAUGUAAUGCUCAAAUAUUGAUUUACUUUUUUAAUUGUGAUAGUUAAUUAAUAUACAGGGUGACACAAAAUAUGUAAUGCUCAAAUAUUGAUUUACUUUUUAAAUUGGGAUAGUUUAUUAAUAUACAGAGUGACACAAAUAAUGUAACCUAAAAUUUUGUACAUUAUUUUGUAAAUUAUGCAUUUCAUCCAUAAUAUCAAUAAUAUUCAACUCAUAUACGUUUGAAGAAUAACUUUGUACAUAAUGAUAAAUUCACUUGAAUGUUUCAAAAACAGAUUUUUGAACUUGCAGAAUAGAUCAAGCUGACUCUCUCUCUCAGACUCAUUGUUGUUAAUGCACAUAUGUAGACCACUGAUUUAUGCAAUGACCACUAUUUCUAUAUUGAAAAUAUAUAUAUUCAAAAUUGGAAAAAAUCAUUCCAAAUCAUAGCAAUUUUUGA